AAGUACAAUUUAAUUUUAAACUCUAUGCAACCCCUAACUGUUUCCACACUCCUUCCACUUAUACUGAUGAUUGCUUUGUUUCUUUGGUGCUGGCCAUGCCUUUCUCCUUGAUGUGGGCUCCAUGGCACACUUGAGGGUUUCACCAAGACCUCAAGCCUUUCAGCUGAGACAGCUGGAUGUCAGGGGACUUACUGUGAAAAAUAAGUUGCCUGGGAGAGAAAACCCAUGAGCGUCUCCCAGACGUUAGUGUAUCUGACCAAGUGAGAAUAGCCGGAAAAUUGCGAGCUGUGGAGCAAAGGAGAAGCCGAGACAUCAGGGCACUUCCUGGGAAGCCCAGACCAUGAAAAUGCAAGAGAGAAGUCAGGCACUAAACUGGGAGGGCGGGAGAGGCCCAGGGAGUGAAUGCAAAAAGGAACUUGAUAUACUCAGAGGCUCUGAUGAUUACUGCACAGAUAGCUCAGCGUUCAUGCUCACCUGUGGCUAUGCUUACAACCGUAGUACUUCCAGCUGUGUGCCUUUGCGUGCACGUGCUUCACCUGUUUCAUUUUUUGCACACUGUUGUUGCACCGUUUCACGAAAACGUUUCUGUCAUCGCAACUUUAUUUCUGCUAAUUUUAAGUUCUCUCUUGCUCGUUGUUUGAAAGUUGAGAAAUGUAGGCAUCCUUAUGCAGUUUUGCUCCGAGGCCCAUUUGCAGCAUAAGCAUCCAAGCCUUUCCAGCCUAGGUAUCUCAUUGGUACCAAUUGCCUCCCCAAGGUCAUUCUCACCACUGACACCCCCCCCCCCGGGGAGCCUCGACCUUGGACACUGGGCACCCUAGUCAUCCAGCGCCUGUAGGUUUGCACAUAGGAAGCAGAGAGUUGUGUAUGUGCAGCUUGGGCAUAAAGCAGAGACUGAAAGGCAGUGACACUUUUGCAUGGAUGGGCCACCCAAAAACUCUUGGCAUUAGGGCAGAUAGAUGCUGGUUUUUCAUUUUUAUCUUUUACUUUCAUUCCACACACUACCCUCCAAAAGCUGCGUCUGCUUUCCAAGAGCGAAGAAGGCAAGGGGAGAUGGACUGUGCAAAGCAGGUAGCAGGAUUCAUGCCUUCUGAAGGACCGACACAUUAACAUUGGGGAGAGUACUUUCAUGAUGUUUUCUACUGUUUUCACAAGCGUGUAAUACGGAAGAGCGGUGAAGGUUUUGACAAUGUCAGUCUGUUCCGGACUUGUAAUCAAAGCAGCUGCGCGACUUCCAGACGUGCCGGGCCGGGUCCUUUUGAAGUGGUGGCGUUUGCAGCCCUUUGUUCCCAGCUCUGCUUCCCAUCUGGCAGUGCAGCGCCUGCCUGCCUGCCUGCCUGCCUGCCUUCCCCGGGGCCCGACAGGAAGCCCACUCCCCUGCUCUGCAGGAAGAAUGCGCAGGCGCUGAGCCCCAACUCAGCCUUACAACUUCCAAAGCUGCCAUGGAAAUGUGGAUGAGCCGCUGGGGUGGGAGGGCACGUAAGCGUUUGCGUUUAAAUGUUUAACGGGAGACGACUGAGGGGGACAGUAGGGACGCCCUGCCUGUGGUUGAUUGGAAAACCCUGGGGGGGGGCAUUUACUGGGAGGAUAGGCCAUAGGGUGCCUGCUUUGGGAGUGCCCAUGGGCCUAUUAGGUUUAUUGAUCAUGAUUAAUCUGAAAGAGCUGGCUUCCCCACACACACACACUUUUUUUUAAAAAAUAAAGCUUUGGCUGGUAAAGCCAUAACCUGGAGGCAAAUCUAGUUUCAACCUGAAGAGCUUUUUUAAAAAACCUCACUCAGUAGAUUUAUGAUCAUCAUGAGUAUUGAUAUGACUUUGAAACUUUUAUGCUUAUAGAAUAAAGCAUGGUUUUCAAUGUAUAAUGAAACAUGUAGGAAACUUAAAGCAAUUAAGAAAACUAGAAUACACUUUAACAUAGUUAUUUUCUUCUAAAGAGAAUUCAUUACCCUUGAAAGCUCAUUUAGUAUGUCAAAAACGUAACCCUACAUCAAUGAGCUGAGUAAAAACGGAACAGACCUGAAAGGGAAGGUGUAAAAUGUGCAUGUGUGUGUGUGUGUGUGUGUGUGUGUGUGUGUGUGUGUGUGUGUCUGAUUUGUUUGUUGAUGUUAAAGGAAAACUCUGCCUCUGUGGGAUUGUUUCCGUGAGGGAAACGGAACAUUAAGAAGCACUAUUUUAACACCAAUCCCAACAGUCAGUCACCGUUUAUGAACAUGUCCUGGUGUCUGUAACGCAUUCCAUCAGGGACGUCAGAGUCCCAGUCAGGGAAGAUGUGGCACAGGAGGCAUACUUUUCAGGAAGAUCAGUUGAGACGGCAGUUUUGGGGAGGGGUGUCUGGAUCCUGGAGAACUCAGCCCCUGAGAAAGCUUGGUGAGAGGGGAGAAAGCUGACCUCCAGACCUCCAGCCAUUUCCACCCCCACCCCCUCCCCUAGCGACCAAGCAUCACCCUCGUGAGGCCUCGUGGCGUUUGCAGAGGGCGCACAGCUCCCACCGAGCCUGGCGCCUUUUGUGCAAGCACCAGGGAUGGAGGCGGGGGCGGGGGUUGGGGGGAGAGGCCCAGGGCACAUGAUGCCCGCCCCCGCCCAGUCCGCCCAGCACAUGAUCCAGGCCGGCCGGCGGGGUCCUGGCAGACCUGGGACGCGUCCCCGAACACAGCCCAUGGCCUCCCCGCGCCUGGGGACCUUCUGCUGCCCCACGCGGGACGCCGCCACCCAGCUCGUGCUGAACUUCCAACCGCGAGCGUUCCACGCGGUGUGUCUGGGCAGCUGCGCGCUCCGCCUGGCGCUUGGCCUCCUGCAGCUGCUGCCCGGGCGCCGGCCCGCGGGCCCAGGGGCGCCCUCGACAUCCUCGCGGUCCUCGGCCCGGGCCCUCGCUUCCACCCGAAUCCUGCGCGCGGUUGCCGCCUGCGACGUGCUCGGCUGCCUGGGUAUUGUAGUCCGGUCUGUGGUGUGGCUAGGAUUCCCCGAUUUCGUUGAAAACGUCUCGCAGGUGAAUGGGACAGACAUCUGGCCUGCCGCCUUCUGCGUGGGGAGUGCACUGUGGAUCCAGCUGCUGUACAGUGCCUGCUUCUGGUGGCUGUUUUGCUAUGCAGUGGAUGCCUACCUGGUGAUCCGGAGAUCGGCAGGACUGAGCACCAUCGUGCUGUACCACAUCGUGGCCUGGGGCCUGGCCGCCCUGCUCUGCACAGAGGGCGUGCUCAUGCUCUACUACCCUUCCGUGUCCAGGUGUGAGAGGGGCCUGGAUCACACCAUUCCCCACUAUGUCACCACAUACUUGCCACUGCUGCUCGUCCUUGUGGCCAACCCCAUCCUGUUCCAAAAGACAGUGACUGCAGUGGCCUCCUUACUAAAAGGAAGACAAGGCAUUUACACAGAGAACGAGAGACGGAUGGGCGCCAUGAUCAAGAACCGGUUUUUCAAAAUAAUGCUGGUUUUCAUUGUUUGUUGGUUGUCGAACAUCAUCAAUGAAAGCCUUUUAUUCUACCUUGAGAUGCAACCGGAUAUCAGUGGAGGUUCUUUGAAACAUGUCAGAAAUGCAGCCAAGACCACAUGGUUUAUUAUGGGCAUAUUAAAUCCAGCCCAAGGAUUCCUCUUGUCUCUGGCCUUCUACGGCUGGAUGGGAUGUGGCCUGAACUUCCGGUCUCCCAGGAAGGAGAUCCAGUGGGAAUCAAUGACGACCUCAGCCACCGAGCGGGCCUUUCCGACCCAGGGGGGCUCCUGUGUGCCUCGUGACAGCCCCACUUCCAGAAAGGUGCUACAUGUCAGCAGGCACACUUCUGAUGAGGCCCUGAGCAUACUGUCUGAAGGUUCUGAUGCCAGCACAGUUGAAAUCCAUAUUGCAAGUGGGUCCCGCAACAAAAAUGAGGUUGAACCUUUUCCAAAAACCCAGGGAGACCUGUGAGAGGGACAUGGCGGGGUUCCCACCUCAUCUCCUCAGAUUCUACAUUUCUCAUUCGUUAGAAUUGUGCCCUCGCCUUCCCAUCUCUCCUGUGCCAGGGUGUGACGUCCCUCAAAAAUCUCUCUCUCAUCACCAUGUUACAGCUCCUUCCCGAGGAUGCUCUUUGUGAUAAAUGAUCCAUGACUGUGCACAUGCGAAUGAAAGAAUUCCUUCUAGACCAAAAGCUCAGCAGCUUCUGUAGAUGCAGCCAUGUAAUGCCAGGUCCAAGUCCUUGGGGAAAGUUAAUAAAAAAGUCAUAACUGAGCUCC